AUGACAUUCUUCAAUUCCCCCACUAUGCUCACAACUGCAUUGUCCUUGUGGGCAUGCUUCUCUCAACUCGCUACUGCUGGGCCCAUUGUCCGCCGCUCUGACCUUGCUGUCAAAGACUUCCAUCCAGCACCAAAAACAUGGUCAAACCUCGGACCUGCUCCCGAAGAUCACUUGAUCCACCUGAAGAUUGGCUUGUCACAAAGCCGAUUCAGCGAGCUUGAGCGCCAUCUCCACGAAAUUUCCGACCCGUACCACGUUCGUUACGGACAGCAUCUGUCAGCUGAAGAGGUUCACGAGCUCAUCAAGCCAUCUGAAAUCACUUUUACUGCCGUUCAUGAGUGGUUGGAAGAGUAUGGCGUGGAUUUCGAGCAGUUGAAGUACAGCCCUGCGAAGGACUGGAUUUCUGUCACACUCCCGGUAGACGCGGUUAGCACCCUCCUCGAUACCAAGUACUCCGUCUACGAGCAUCUUGAUGGAUCGACCAUGGUCCGUACCGAGGGCUAUUCGCUCCCUCUCCACCUCCACAAACAUAUCAGCACGAUUCAGCCGACCAACUCAUGGGCGCGACUAGGAGGAGGCAAGGACAGGAACAACGAGCUCCGCAAGCGUAGCCCUGAUCUGACGAAACGCACAUCUCAUGCCCUCGUUGCCGCUGAAUGGGGUCCUCCUCCGGCCCCAAUCUCUCCUCCAGACAAUGCCACCGUUCAGGCCGUAUGCAACUUCACCGCGGUGACUCCGAACUGCCUGAGAACGUUAUAUGGUACCCUUGAUUAUUCGCCCAAGGCUGCAGGCGAGAACAAGAUGGGCCAUACCUGCUACUAUGGUGAAUCUUCUAAUCGAUCCGACGUCAGCAUCUUCUUGUCCAAAUACCGUCCGGAAGCGCAGUCAUACGCGUAUGAAUUCCCGGAGAUCUCAAUUGCGAACGGUGCUGUCGACAAUGGUACCAACAUUGCCUCUCAUGUACCUGCUGUCGACAGAGAAGCAAACUUGGAUUCCGAGUACAUGAUUGGCAUGGGUUAUCCCACUCCGCUCACGACUUACAAUGUUGGUGGACUGCAGCCAGGUUUCAUGCCCGAUACCAACACCCCCACCGACAACAACGAGCCAUACCUGACGUGGACAACAUACAUGUUGGGCUUACCUGACUCCGAGAUUCCACAAGUCAUUUCCACAUCCUACGGCGACGACGAGCAGACUGUCAGCGAGUCCUAUGCUAAAACAGUGUGCAACGAAUUUGCCCAACUGGGCGCUCGUGGAGUCACCUUGUUCGUCUCCAGUGGUGACUUUGGCGUGGGUACCGACGGGACAUGCUACAGCAACGUUGACAACACCACUGCCAUGUUCAUACCCGCGUUUCCAUCAUCCUGCCCCUAUGUGACCUCCGUCGGGGCCACCCGAAACUACCCUGAAGUCGCAGCCGACAGGCUUUUGAGCUCAGGAUUGACCUUCACAAGCGGCGCCGGGUUCAGUAACUACUUUGCUCAGCCUGAAUACCAGGCAUCGGCUGUCAACAGCUACGUUAGCAGCCUGGGUGGUCUGCACGACGGUUUAUACAACAAAGCAGGACGUGCAUAUCCGGAUAUCUCAUGUAUGGGACAAGUCUUCCCUACAAUCUGGAACGGCUCGACUCUUGGUCUUGUCGGAACAUCUGGAUCUUCGCCUAUCUGCGCAUCCAUCUUCAGUCUUUUGAAUGACGCGUUGAUCUCAGAGGGAAAACCCGUCAUGGGCUGGAUCAACCCUUGGUUGUAUAGCAAAGGGUACGAAUUAUUCACCGACGUCACGGAGGGCGCGUCUUCCGGCUGCAACACAACUGGUUUCCCUGCCACAACAGGAUGGGAUGCUGUCACUGGGUUCGGAACACCUUAUUUCCCCAAGCUCCUUGAAAAUUGUGGUGCCAAGAAGGAAUGAGUGUUGAUAAUCGUGUAGUAUGAGGGGAUUUGUACAUACAUAAGAACGAGGAUGAGAAGGUAUGAUGGUACGUUUAAUGA